UCGAGCGUGUCAGGUUUAAAGUGAUGGCAGAGAAGUGAAAUUUUGCUGGCAAGCGGAAAUCUUGCACACGCUGUGGGAAACACAACGAAGGCGGAUACUCGAGUACACGAGACAAAACCGAAACGUACACACACAUACAUAUACGUCACUCAACAAAUAUUUAUAUUCUUCCACUGUGACGUAAUGGUUCUUUUUACUUUUAGUUAAUGAAAUAUAAAAAAUUCUUUAACGUUUUUAAAGUCGGUUUUCGUGGUGAAGUUUUCCAGUAUUCAUUUGCCAGCCGAAGCGAAUAGUUCGUUUUCACACAUAAUAUUUACCAUACUCGUAUUUGUGCACGACAUCCGACGCAGACAAAUCAUUUCCUAGUGCGCGUAAUUAAUAUAACAAAAAAAAAAAAAAUCGCGAAGUGUGCCUUAUAACCAACGUCAUUAAUUGUCAAUCUGAUUAAGCAUAGCAACACUACAGACCACAACAAACUAAAAAACAGUAAAUUUAUAUUGAAUACGCUUUAUUUACAAAAGUACUAAAGUGCUGAGUAAAACGUAAUAAUUUUAGAAUUUAAACAAAAUCUAAUMAUAGUGAUUGGUUGGUAUUUAAGAAAGCUAAAUAAACCAAAAUCGAUAUGUCUUCGACGAAGUUCAUUGCCAUUCUGCCUCAACCUACACAGCCAGGCGAUAAAAUUCAAAUCAAUGGCAGAAUAAGCGAACAUGCAGAAGAAUUUUCCAUAAACUUCGCGAAUGAGGUCAACGAGAAUCCACAAUCGAUCACCUAUCACUUCAAUUGGGAUCUGGCGCAUAAAAUGCUUAUUGAGGACUAUAAAGAGGACGACGAAUGGAUGAAUAGAAAAGAAACUGAAUUUGAUACAUUUGAUGGGCCGGAAUUCGCCCUAGAAUUCGCAUUCCAAGAUGACGGCAUCUAUGUGUACUUGGUAUCCGAAGAUGGCCGAAAUCUUGUCACACAUUAUCAACCCGAGAUCGAUUUUCAAUUCAUCGAAUCGGUACAAGUGUGGGGCGAUGUGGAAAAAGUCACACAAUUAACAUUCUCUUACAAUUAGGCGCCAAUUACAAAAUUUUCGCAAUUGCAAAUCUGCCAAAAAGUAAUAARUUUGUUCUUGCUGUUGUAGUUGUUGCACGAACAAUGGCAACUGCAAGAGAACAUCGCGCUGAACCGCUCGUGGUUGGAAGAAAUGCUAGUAAGCGUAGUUUUUGAUUGAUUUAAUUAAUUUCGCUAUUUAAGCUUGAACUCAUGCAACAGCAAAAAAAGUAUUAUGAAUUCUGUUGAUUUUGUUUUCACGUCUAAUAAUUCAAUUACUUUUUCACUUGAAUUUAUUUACAUACAUACAUAUUUACGAAUCUCCUUUUGAUAACUAAUUUCGCAGUUUUAGUUUUUAACUGUUUUUUAAAACCUUUUUAGUAUUAAUGAAACGAAAAGUAUUAAACAUUGGCACUUAUUUACCUUAAUCUCAGGCGCAGCAUACCGUUUUAUGGCACGAAUCCCUGGCAUUACAAGAUCUCACGUGGCAAGUCACUUACACCGCCUCCUCGCGCAWCCAUGCCUUGCAUUAAGCAAGUUGUUUGAGUUUUUAAGCAACCAAAAAAUGCACCAAAAACCUUGYUUAUGUACACAUACUUACKUAUAUUUACAUAUGUGUAGGUGUAUCCAUGCACCGCGCCAUUUGAUUAGCACUGCUCAUACCCGUUUCCGUACAAGUGGGAUUGAUAUAACUUUUGCAUGAACGCAUUAAGCGCCGCUGCCAUCUAAGUUCUUAAGUAUUGAUUAAGCUAGCGCUAAGCAUGAGCCGCAAGUAUUCUAUUUAAAUAACUGUACUAACAAUUUUGCAAUUGAGUGUUGUCURAAUACCAAAGAUCAAGUGUAAGCAAAAAAACGCAAAAUAUUACAACUGCUUACAUUUAUAAAAAAAAAGUAUAUAUAUACAAA